AUGAUUUUUGGCAUUGAAGAAUUAGUUCAUAUUAAAGGGGAGACUGUCACUCUUGCCGUAGUAAUUGUACAAACAUCCUAUACAAAAGAAUUAAUAUUCGAAGUGGAUCUUGUCGAAAUGCUAAAGAGCAUUGGUGGUAAAGUUAUCCAUAAAGGUAAGAAAUUGAAAGCACAUCAUGGCGAUCACUAUGGUGGUCAACAUUCUUUCUUUCUAGUUUCUGAUUGCCCAGUUGUAGAUGAGUUGCAUGGUGUCUUCACUCGAACCAAGCAAUCCAAAGGGACUAUUGGCAUAAUAGUGAGCCCUUCUAUAGAUAGCUUUACUCCUGAUACAAUAAAUGCAGUACUAGAGAUAGCAGAACCACCAGAACCAUCAGAGCCAGAACUAUUGGAACAACUACCUCCAUAUCCUAUCAUUGUGACAGAUAUAGACCGAUUGCCCAAAUAUUUGAUCAAUACAGUUCUUGAUAG